UCAGAGCGGUAGCCAGUAGAAAAGGCACACUGCACAUGCCAAGCGAUCGAAUCGGAUGCCGGCCGGCGGCGAAGAGAGAAUUUGAUAAUGAGCUAGUCCCCGGGCGGUGCUCAGGUCUUGCCUUCUUGAAAGGCGAGUGUCGGUUCGCAGAAAAUCGGAGGAAUUAGCUAGCUAGCUAGCUAGGUGAUCAUGGCGCAAAAGGAGGCCGGCGUAGCGGCGAGCGGCGGCUGCAAGCGCAAGCCGCACGCGGUGGUGGUGGUGUACCCGAUGCAGGGCCACAUCAUCCCGGAGACGCACCUCGCGCUGCGGCUGGCGGCGCGGGGCUUCGCCGUGACGGUGGUCACCACGGAGGCCGUGCACGACCAGACGGCGCGCGCGCUCGGCGUCGACCCGGCCGGGCACGACGCCUUCGCCGGCGCGCGCUCGGCGGGGAUGGACGUGCGCUGCGAGCUCGUCAGCGACGGCCUCCCGUUGGGGUUCGACCGGUCGCUGCACCACGACGAGUUCCACGGCUCGCUGCUCCACGCGCUCUCCGGCCACGUCGAGGAGCUGCUCGGCCGCGUCGUCGUCGACCCGGCCGCCACGUGCCUCGUCGCCGACACCUUCUUCUCGUGGCCGGCGACCCUGGCCAGGAAGCUCGGCAUCCCGUACGUGUCCUUCUGGACGGAGCCCGCGCUCAUCUUCAACCUCUACUACCACGUCCACCUGCUCACCGAGCACGGCCACUUCGGAUGCAACGAGCCUCGGAAGGACACGAUCACGUACAUCCCGGGCGUGCCGGCGAUCGAGCCGCACGAGCUCAUGUCGUACCUCCAGGAGACGGACGCCACCAGCGUGGUGCACCGCAUCAUCUUCAAGGCGUUCGAGCAGGCGCGCGGCGCCGACUACGUCCUGUGCAACACCGUGGAGGAGCUGGAGCCGUCCACCAUCGCCGCGCUCCGCGCCGAGAAGCCCUUCUACGCCGUGGGCCCCAUCCUCCCCGCCGGCUUCGCCCGCAGCGCCGUCGCCACCUCCAUGUGGGCCGAGUCCGACUGCUCCCACUGGCUGGACGCGCAGCCGCCGGGGUCCGUGCUCUACAUCUCCUUCGGCAGCUACGCGCACGUCACCAAGCAGGAGCUGCACCAGAUCGCCGGGGGAGUCCUGGCCAGCCGCGCGAGGUUCCUGUGGGUGAUGCGGCCGGGCAUCGUGAGCUCCGACGACCCGGACCCGCUGCCCGAGGGGUUCGCGGCGGCGUCCGCCGGGCGUGGGCUGGUGGUGCCGUGGUGCUGCCAGGUGGAGGUGCUCUCCCACGCCGCGGUGGGUGGAUUCCUGACGCACUGCGGGUGGAACUCCGUGCUGGAGAGCGUGUGGGCGGGAGUGCCCAUGCUGUGCUUCCCUCUGCUCACUGACCAGAUCACCAACCGGCGGCUCGUCGUGCGGGAGUGGCGCGUCGGCGUGACCAUCGGGGAUCGUGGCGCUGUGUUUGCCGACGAGGUGAAGGCGAGGAUCGAGCGCGUGAUGUCCGGAAAAGAGGGGAAGGACCUCGGGGAGGCGGUGAAGAAGGUGAGGGCGACCCUUGAGGCCGCGGCGGCGCCCGGCGGGUCAUCGCAGCGGAGCUUCGAUGAGUUCGUCGACGAGCUAACGCGGCGUUGCGGCGGAUGUUAAGCUGCGCCGACCGAUCGGCCUGAAGCGCUGCCUCCCGCCGUUGGAGAACGAAUCCAGUUCAAUUUAUAUUGUGGUGUAUGUAUAAUUGUUCACGAAACUUGGACGUGCCCACGUGCCAUGUUGAGAUGUGCACGUCAAAUUUGUGUUCGAAUUUUUUUGACAUUUUGAAAUGGGUUUGUCUAGGUAUAAGUCGACUGAGACUUGAUGAAGUCUCAGUCCAUGACGUCAGCACGUACAAAAUUGAAAGCUAUGACAGGUUUUCCUCA